AUGAGCGAGCGCUGGGACGUGGGCCGGCCCCUGGCGCUGGCCGCGCUGUUCCGGCUGCUGCAGGGCGCGGCCCGGGGCUGCGCCGAGCCCUUCCUGCCGCUCUACCUGCGGCUGCUCGGGCUGCCCGCGCCGCUCGUGGGGGCCGCGGCCGGGGCCCGGCUGCUGGCGGCGCUCGCCGUGCCGCUGUGCUGCCCGCGGGGCCGGGGGCGGCUGCUGCUGGCGGGCCUGCAGCUCGGCCUGCCCGGCUCCCCGCCCUCCCCGCUGCCCCCCGGGCUCCCUGCCACUCUGCUCACGCCGGUGCCCAGCCCCGGCACGGGCGGUGACAGAGCGUUAAUCCCGAGCGCUCUGCCGCGCACCGCAGCUGUGCCAGGGGGAGCGGGGACAGCGGCUGCUGGCGUGUUGGCAGCGAGCAGGAAGCCCGCUGUGGGCAGUUCAACCUCCCGGGGGUUGUUGGGCACAACAGGUGUGCUUCAGGGACGCGGCAGAGGUGUUGGGGAAGGUGAUCCAAAGGGAAAAGGCUCCUUGGAUGGUCCCUCUGGCUGGACAGUGACAGGCAUCGAUCAGCAGACACCGGAACCAGGAGGGCCGGCAUCCUACGGACCUCCCUUCCCUGAGCUCCAGGGGGAAACUCCAGGCUCUGCUGCCACCGAUCUUGCUGAUAAUGCUGAGGAAAGCCUAAAUGCCGCUGAGGGUAGUGAGCCAGCUUUGUUUAAAACAGCUCUUCCCGCUGUUGGAGAUGCCCACUUGUCUGGAAACCUUUCAGACUCUCGAGAUGUCAGCUUGGAGGCCGUGCAGAGCAUCUCCCAGGACAGAGGGUACCAGGUUUUUCUCAUGGUCCUGGGCGCUGUGGUGCUCUGGGAGCUGUUGGCCACUUCCCUGGAAUGGACCAUGGAUGAGAGUGUCUACGAGUACCUGGACUUUGUGGACGCCACGGGCAGGUACGGGCGGCUGUGGCUGUGGGGCUCGGUGGGCGCGGCCGCCGGAGCGUGCGGCGUGUCCGUGCUGGUGGAUCGGCUGGAUUGCUCCCUCGGCGGCUCCAUCCCCCGCCUCGCCGUGCACUUCUACGGCUACGCUGUCCUGGUGAUGCUCUCCCUGGUGGUCAGCGUCUUCUUCCCCGGCCACGUUCCCAGGCAGAGCGCCCGCGCUCCCGGGCUGGCCAAGGCGCUGUCGCUGCUGCGGGGGGACGGCCGGGCGCUGCUCUUCGCGGGCACCGCGUUCCUCGUGGGUGCUGCCAGCUCUGCCACCCACAACUUCCUCCUGUGGCAGCUGCAGGACCAGGGCAGCAGCGAGCUCCUCAUGGGGCUCUGGGUGGCCCUGGGGCCGCUGGCAGAGCUGGCCCUUCACCCGCUCAGGGCGCUGCCGGGCAGCGGGCUGGAGGUGCUGAGCCUGGGCGCGCUGGCAGCGCAGCUCCUGAGCUAUUCCCUGCUCCGGGCUCCGUGGGCGGCGCUGGCGGUGCAGGCGCUGUCCGGCCUCAGCGGCGGGGCGCUGGGCUGGCGGCUGGAGGGGACAGUGGGGGACGUGGCCGUGCUGCUGCGGGGGCUGUGCGCGGGAGGAGCCGGCCUGGGCAGCCUCGGCGGCGGCUUUGUGCUGCAGCGCUUCGGGCUGCCCGUGCUGCUCCAGGCCGGCUGCGCGGGGCUCGGCCUCUGGCUCCUCUUCUUCCUGAUUGUCCGGUCCAAAUUGCCCCGGCAGAGAAAAAUUAAUUAUUCCCGGCUCCUGGCUGCUGAUUCCAGUGAAAUGAGUGACUCCGAGGAGGAGGACGAGAAGGACUGGCUGGUAAAGGCUAUGAAGGAUGAGAGCUUUAACAGGAAUUGGAUACAGCAGCAUGGGAUCAACUAGUCUGUACCUAAAUCUGCGGGGUGGAAUGGGAACCUGGUGUAAUGAUGAUAUCUAGAAAUCACCAUCAGUUCGAAACUGCUAAAUAUAUACAGGCUAUAUCUGA